GCCGGGGGCUCCAGGGGCGUCCGCAGCGGCGCCCUCCGCAGUGGCCAGCCCGCGGAAGCCUUCCGGGCCCGGGGCCCAGGCCACAGGCAGCCCAGCAACCCCAAGCCCCGGGAGCGGCGGACGGGGUCCCCCACCACAUUCUCCUGGACUUCCCACCACCGGGCUGGCAACCCCGGCCCAGGGAGCACCAAGCUGCUGGAGCUGGACGAGGAGAAGCUGAGCAACUACGAGAUGGAGAUGAAGCCCCUGCUGAGGAUGGACUCUUACACGCAGGAGGUGCACCCCCCGAAAAGACGCUACAGCAAGGGGGGCACUGAUGACCGGGGCUUCGGGGCCCAGAGACUGCGGUCCAAGUCCCAGAACAAGGAGCAUGCCAGGCCGGCCUCGUGCGCGGAGCCCGCGGUUCAGAGGCUGGAGAGCCUGCGGCUGGGGGACCGGGCGGAGCCCCGGCUGCUGCGCUGGGACUUGACCUUCUCUCCGCCCCAGAGGUCCUCACCGGUGGCGCUGGAAUCGGACGAGGAGAACGGGGAUGAGCUCAAGGCCAGCACGGGCUCGGCGCCUAUCCUGGUGGCCAUGGUGAUCUUGCUGAACAUCGGAGUCGCCAUUUUGUUUAUUAACUUUUUCAUCUGAGGAGACUGUCGCAUUAGCAAAAGCAGCUGGUGUACACACGGGGGACGUUAAAAGCAGAACGACAGAAGGGAAGGCUCGUAGCUCGGACACCCAACGACAACUUCCUGGUCUUCUCACAGAACCACGUGAUUGGGUAUUACUCACAGUUUGCCUUUUUUUCUGGGUCAUGUUUUUUGGAUUUUAGCCAAAAUUCUUUGCUUGUAUAACACUCUGCUGUGUGGCAUGGCAGAAGGAGGCCAGCACGCCGACCCUCCAGCUUGACGUGGAAAGAGAAGGGAUCCCGGCAAAUCAAUGGCAAAAAAAUACAGUCACCACCGUCAUCACACCCCCGUCUGGGACGUGGAAAAGGAGGCAACCAGAGGCAGAGCCCCUGGAGCGUCCGGCGGCUAGCGGGUGGCAAGCCCUGGCGUGAGGCACGGGGGAGGGCGCCCGCUCCAGCUGGUAGUGGCCUGGGCCUUUUUCUGUUUUAAAUCUGUGCUGCACACUUACUUAGGGAAGCAGAGACCUGCUUUCUCUUCUGCCCAUGAAACGACCACAACCCGGCCCUCCUGCAGCCCCGACACUGAGUCUUAAGGCAAAGUCCUUCUUUUCCCCACUGUCUCCCCCACCCCAACCCCAGACCCCAGGGCUGCUGUGCUGUGGGCAUCCAGGGGGCUGGCACCAGGGCCAGGGAGCACUGCGGGCAUGGGGAGGGCCUCACUUGGACAGCCUGCCGUUGGGCCUGGGCUCAGAGCACGUGGCGUUUCUGCACUGAGGAUGCAGGCUGUGCGUCCAGGCUGUCAGAUGUCCGCGGCCCCGACGGCCCUCACACGAUGUCGUCCUCUCAGUGUGUCACUGAGCCCACGGGUUUGCACAUUCUUGUCCUGUGCCUGCCUCGACUUCCCUCACAGAUAUGCAUAUUCUUCCAGAUGCCUCGCCCACACUCGGGAGCUGGUCGGGUCCCAGGACAGGAAUGUGUUUGAAACCCGGUGGCUUGACAAUUCCUGAGAAAUCAUGGCAUAUCCAACUCCAAAAUAUGCAACAUACCUUGUUUCAAUCCAACAAAAGCAGGUUCCUGGUGUGUCUGCCCUUCCUGCCAGCGUUGUCCCACCAUCCAAACAACAGAAUAAGGUCCCGGACUGUCUGGAUGCCCCGUGGUCCCAGCCAUGGAGCAGCCCCGGCCACGUGCAUGGCUGUGUCUGUGGGGCCCCUGCGCCCACGCCUGGGGAGGCCCCGGGCGCGGCCGUCCGUGGACCCUGCCUUGCUUUGCUUACGUUCAGCUGUUUCUCUGCUGCCUUUCGAGCAGAUUUCUUUACUACACUGCACUGGAUUGCUAUAUUUUUAACCAGAAAUAAACUAAAGAUUAGAGCAUG